UAAUGGCGGUCACGUCGGCUAAUUGUAGUGCGUUAGUUGGUUACAAAGUUGGCGAAAUAUCCAAAGCAUUACAUUCAAGAACUGAAAGUAAAACAAGAGCAGGUGACAAACUCAAUUCCUUGUUCAGUUCAGCUAAAGUAAUUCAACCUGAAUUUGAGGCAAUUGGUCCAAAGACAUGUAGAACACCUUCAAGGGAUGCUCAGAAUUUUAAGAGAAACUCUACAGAUUGUGAAGAAAUUGGAGAUCUACAUCAAGAUUUUACCAGCCAUUCAAGAAAAAGAAAGGAAGUAUUAAGUGAUGAUGAAGAUAUGGUGGUUAAGAAUCCUAGUAAAAAAUGCAAGAAAUCCUGUGAGGCAGUAGAAAAUCCAGAAAGAGUAGCCAGGACUGUCUUUGUGGGAAACCUUCCUGUGACAUUAUCAAGAAAGAAACUGAAACAGAUGUUUGCCAUUUAUGGUGAAGUGGAGAGUGUUCGAUUUCGCUCAGCGGCACUUGCCAAACCAGGUCUAUCAAGAAAAGUGGCAAUGAAAAAAAGAGAGUUUCAUUCAGAUCGACACAAUAUCAAUGCCUAUGUUGUAUUCAAAGAGAGGAAGAGUGCAGUCAAAUCUUUAAGCAGUAAUGGUUUGGAAGUUGGUGGUUUUCACAUCAGAGUUGAUAUAACUGGAAAAGAUAUUGAGCAUGAUCACACCAGAUCAAUAUUUGUCGGAAAUUUACCUUUUGAUACUGAGGAGGAACCACUGAGGCAAGCCUUCAGUGAAUUUGGUGAAAUUGAGGGUGUUCGAAUUGUUAGGGACAGCAAAACUGGUGCAGGGAAGGGCUUUGGAUUCAUCCUCUUUACGGAAAGAGACGGAGUGAUGUUUGCUUUGAGAAGGCAUAAAAUAGAAUUCCAAGGUCGACAGUUACGCAUCUUCCCAUCCACAGAAAAUCCCCAUUUAGGUCAGUUAAAAAGUGUUAAAAAAGGUAAACCUGUGGCUUAUGCAUUCAGUGGAAUCACCUCCAAGAAAUCCACAAGAUAUGAUUGUAGAGGAAAAAAAUGCAACAGAGGUCCUGCUAAAGUUAUGCAAACAACAAGAAACAAAGCAUAAGAAGUUCAAGAGUCCAAAAAAACGGAAAUAAGAAGUUGAAAUCAUCAUGGAAUGAAAAAGGAACUGAAAGGGUUCCAAGGUCAAAUAACAUAAGAAAAAAGAAAUAUGCAACAUUGUAAGACUCUGGGAGUAAUGU